AUGACGUCGAUUCAAACAAAAUCCGAAGGCUCUAUUCUUAGUAACUUGUCUUUGAUCGCAGCGCACUCGCACAUUUCAGGUCUUGGCUUAGAUGAUCACUUGCAGCCUAAAGACUGUGCUCAGGGAAUGGUUGGUCAACUGAAGGCACGUAAAGCCACAGGUGUCAUACUGAAGAUGAUUCAAAAUGGUAAAAUUGCAGGUCGUGCCAUAUUGUUUGCAGGUCCUCCUUCCACAGGUAAAACUGCUAUAGCCAUGGGAUUAUCACAGAAUUUGGGUACAGGAGUUCCAUUCACUGCCAUUGCGGCAUCUGAGGUGUUUUCCAAAGACAUAAGUAAGACGGAGGCACUUACACAGGCGUUCAGAAAAAGCAUAGGUAUUAAAAUUAAAGAGGAGACAGAAAUGAUUGAGGGAGAAGUGGUGGAGAUUCAGAUUGAUAGAUCUCUUACUGGAGGACAUAAACAAGGUAAGUUGACCAUUAGAACUACCGAUAUGGAAACCAUCUAUGAGUUAGGUAACAAGAUGAUUGAAGAGUUGACUAAAGAAAAGGUUAUAGCUGGGGAUGUCAUAUCCAUAGACAAGUCUAACGGAAAAGUUACCAAGCUUGGUAGAUCGUAUGCUAGGGCCAGAGAUUAUGAUGCCAUGGGUCCGGACACCAAGUUUGUGUCUUGCCCUGAAGGGGAGCUUCAGACGAGGAAAGAGGUGGUUCACACGGUUUCUUUGCAUGAGAUCGAUGUCAUCAACUCUCGCCAGCAGGGAUUUCUGGCUUUGUUUAGUGGAGAUACGGGUGAAAUUAGACCGGAAGUUAGAGAUCAGAUAAACACUAAGGUUGCCGAAUGGAAGGAAGAAGGUAAGGCAGAGAUUGUUCCCGGUGUCUUGUUCAUAGAUGAGGUUCACAUGCUUGACAUUGAAUGCUUUUCUUACAUUAACCGUGCCUUGGAAGACGAUUUUUCUCCUAUUGUCAUUAUGGCUACCAACAGAGGAAUAUCGAAAACCAGAGGUACCAAUUACAUGUCACCACAUGGUCUUCCAUUGGAUCUUCUUGAUAGAACCAUUAUUAUUAAGACCGAGGCAUACUCUGAAGAUGAUGUUGCCAAGAUUUUAGGUAUCAGAUGUCAAGAAGAAGAGGUUGAAACCACUCCCGAUGCUCUUCGUUUGUUGACUAAAAUUGGAAUGGAAACUUCUCUUCGAUACGCAUCCAAUCUUAUCUCUGUCAGCUACCAGAUCAGUCUCAAAAGACGUGCGUCUGCUGUGGACAUCGAGGAUAUCAAAAGAAGUUACAUGUUGUUUUUGGACAGCGCCAGAUCCGUUGAUUUCUUGGAACGGAAUAGUGAGAGUUACAUUGAUGAUCAGGGCAAAGUGAAGUUAUCUAAGCAGGAUGAUGAGGAUAAGGAUAAGAUGGACACUUCGGAGGCUUAA